GAGAGAGAGAGAGAGAGAGAGAGAGAGAGAGAUAUUUCCUGUAUUUCACCAAUUGUACCAUCUUGUGUUUUUUCUUUCUCGCUUGUUCAUAAAGUUUGAAAAGCUGAUCCAGCGUUGGAAUAAUGCAAGCUAUUAAAUGUGUGGUGGUAGGCGAUGGAGCCGUGGGGAAAACCUGCCUUCUCAUCAGCUACACCACCAAUGCCUUCCCCGGAGAAUACAUCCCCACUGUGUUUGACAACUAUUCUGCCAACGUCAUGGUGGACAGCAAACCAGUGAACCUGGGACUGUGGGAUACAGCGGGACAGGAGGACUACGACAGACUGAGGCCCCUGUCCUACCCACAGACGGAUGUGUUCCUCAUCUGUUUCUCUCUGGUGAGCCCAGCCUCAUAUGAGAACGUCAGGGCCAAGUGGUACCCGGAGGUACGGCACCACUGCCCGUCCACUCCCAUCAUCCUGGUCGGGACCAAGCUGGAUCUGAGGGAUGAGAAGGAGACCAUCGAGAAACUGAAGGAGAAGAAACUUGCGCCAAUCACUUACCCACAAGGCCUGGCGCUGGCCAAGGAAAUAGACUCUGUGAAGUACCUGGAGUGCUCCGCCCUGACGCAGAGGGGGCUGAAGACGGUGUUCGACGAGGCCAUCCGGGCCGUGCUCUGCCCCCAGCCCACCAAGGUGAAGAAGCGAGGCUGCCAGCUACUCUGAAGGCGUUCGUUGCUUACCUAAGCCACUAAUGGCCUGUGGCCAUGGAAAAAACCGACGGGGGGACUACAAGGACCAGAGGUUCACUCAUGCUUUUUAUAUUAUAGCCUUUCUUUUGUCCUAAUUAUUUUAAUAACUCCACCUCAAUUCAAUUAAAACCACUGUAAAAAAAUAGUCUUACAAAUAUUUAAAAACCUAAAAAAAAAUGAUGGUGUUGUCCUGUAUACUGGUAUCUGCUUGAACACAUUUCAGCAUAUUACAUUAUAUUUGCCAGGGAAUUUGCACAUUUGCUUGUGAAAAUUAUAUAAAAUCCGAGUGGUUAAUAUAAAAAAAUAUAUAUACUUUCUUCUUCAUAAAUGGGGUUCAGCAUUUUAUUUUAUAUUUUUAACAGUUGUGUGUAAUAAAAGACAAAAUUCUGUCAACAUAUUGGUCAACAGGUCAACAGGUAUUGUCAACAGAAAUGCAAUGAUCCUGUUUGGUUUUGGCAACAUGACCAUAUUCUGAAAUGAACAUUUUUUUAAUUAUUGAACUUUCAAAGGUUUCUAAAUAAAACUGUUGCUUUGUUUUCAGUUC